CGCACGCACCGGAGCACCAGCGGUGAGUGUUUCCUUUCUCACGCACGGCUUGAACCAAAAGAGACCCACCGGCUAUGGACAGGUUGGCAGAGCGGAUUCCCAGCCACGGAUCGGACUGGUGAGCGGGUCGAUAACCUUCACCUCGGAGAGAGGCGGGGACGCGGCUGGUAGAUAUUUUACGCACCGGCAUGCCACUGCGCUGCUGCCGGGACUACAGAGGCUGGAGCGCAACACGCUGAGAGACAUAUUUACAAUAGAAACUCAAUUCCUUCGCAGGGGAGAAUAGCAGGAGGGAGGAGGAGGAGUGAAAGAUAACACUGGAAUGAAGUGGACCUCGACAUUCCCAGCGUGCUGCGGAGUUGUGACUGAUGGAUGAACGUGGUCAUCUGUAGGGAGUGGGGGAUCUACAGCGACAGGUACAGACACCGCCAGGAGAGAGAGGUCUGACAAAGACAUCAGCCGCCGCAUCGUGUCUCCACAGCAAACUGGUUAGAUCUGUUCCACAGCGCAUCAGAUCCUAUCGCCGAGUCGACCUCCGUGGAGCAUCAGAGGCCGUGAAGGGCUGUGGGUGUCUGAGCCACAGGUCAUCCAGGACACUCGGGGCUGCGCUCCGUCCACAUCCCGUCAACAACAACGGGGAGAACCCGGGGGAGCUCAGUUCAGUGAAGGACCCGCGGGUGUGGAGCAUUUCGUGUUGUCCAGCGGGACAUGUAUCUGGCAUCGACCUCACAUGCUCCCGACUGAUCGUUGCUCACCUUCCCACCGCGCUUAAAGGCUGCCAGGCGCACCGUGCGCCCGACUUGCUCCGAGUUCCUCGGCCACACUCCGUCCGCUGCUGUCCGCUCACCGAUCAGAAUGGCGGGACUCGCUUGUUGGAAGUAUUACCUCUGGAUCUUUAUUUUACUGUGCAGGUCGGCGCUACCUUCGGCGAAGUUGCUGGAGUCUAUAAUCUGGAGCUCGCAGAAUCCCAAGUUUGUGACUGGAAAGGGUCUGGUGAUCUACCCAGACAUCGGGGACAAGCUGGACAUCAUCUGUCCCAAGGCCGACCAGGGCAGAGAGUAUGAGUUCUACAAGCUGUACCUGGUGAAGAGGGAGCAGGCAGAGGCCUGCAGUACAGUCCUCGAUCCCAACGUCCUGGUCAACUGCAACAAGCCCGAGAAGGACAUCAAGUUCACCAUCAAAUUCCAGGAGUUCAGCCCCAACUACAUGGGUCUGGAGUUCAAGAAGAACGUGAACUACUACAUCACCUCAACCUCCAAUGGCACAGUCGAGACCCUGGAGAACCGCGAGGGGGGCGCGUGCAAGAGCCGAUCCAUGAAAGUCAUCAUGAAAGUCGGACAAGUUCCAAAUGCGGUGAAUCCCGUGGCGCCAGAGACUCCUGAAGACAACGCCAUACCGGAGUCCAGUCCCAGCCGCCCACCUGACCAAGGGGGGCCCGAGAUGCCAGGAAACCCUGACACCAUGAAUCAGGACCAGGGUUCCUCGUCCAACUCGGACAGCAUCUUCGGAUCCAAGAUGGGCCUGUUCCUCGCCAUUGGCGCGGGCUGCAUCAUCUUCCUCCUGCUCAUCCUCCUCCUCGUCAUCCUGCUCAUCAAGAUGCGCAAGCGGGCUAGGAAAAACGCCCACUCCCAGCCCCGCCCCUCGGCGCUGUCGCUCAGCACGCUGUCCAAUCCCAAGAUGCCCGGGGGCACAGCUGGCACUGAGCCCAGCGACAUCAUCAUUCCGCUGCGGACAGAGAACAACUACUGCCCUCACUACGAGAAGGUGAGCGGCGACUAUGGCCACCCCGUCUACAUUGUCCAGGAGAUGCCCCCGCAGAGCCCCGCCAACAUCUACUACAAAGUCUGACAGGCUCCGCACAGCCCGCGACAGCCAGGAGAGAGAAAGGAGGAGCGCUUGAUUUAUGUUCCUGGGAAGAACACCUUCCUUUGCAUUCUGGGGACUUGAUGCUUCUGCAAGCCCCUGUUAUUUCUACCACCUGCUGCACAAAUCUGGAGAGACACGCACUGACCAGUAACCAGCGGGGUUGUGAGCUGACUGAUGAGAGGUUUAUUCUGUUUUGUUUGGGUUGUCUGAAAAUCCCCACCCGCCUCUUCCUCCUCCUCCUCCUCCUCCUCCCUUCACCUCCCGACUUCUACGUCUCCCUGCUGUGCGCCAACAGGGGGGCAGGGCUGGAGCAAAACCAACAGAUGGAACUUUAGCUUCCUAGUUUGCUGUCCCCUUUAAUGGGCAGGAUAUAACUUAUCUCAGUUCCCUGAAGUACAGUCUGUGCUACACCCAAUUAAACACACCACCCGAGCACACAUAGCCAGGAACGGGCAGACACAGGCCCCAAACGCCACUCAGCCUGCAGUUUGUGUGUGCAAGCAUAAAAUGUGUGUGUGAACGUGUGUGUGUGUGUUAGUCAGGGCUCCGCGCUGGACCAGGAAACUCUCCAGAUAGCUCAGGUAUCAGACACAGUGUGUGAAAUAAUGUGUUCCUCUCCCUUCGCACCUCUGAUGUUUGCCUUACUUACUAUUUUUGAUGGAGGAUUUCCUCGAACCCUGCGUCAGUUCACAAAGCAGUUGUAUUUUGUUAGACUUUUCCUACCAGUGCACAAUGUAUAGAGUUGAAUAGAUCAGCGUUAUUACCCCCCAUCUCCUCACUCACCCACGUCAUCCAUUGCAUUCAAUCUUUUUCCUCCCCCAAAAGAAUGACCUUGAACUGGACUGUUGAAGUCGAGGUGUGUACAUGUACGUGUAUAUUAGUAUUUGUACAUGUGUGUGCUCCUGGGAAUACUACCCUCUCCACUGGUCUGAUGUGAGCUUUACCAUUGCCCUGGUAUUUAUGACCUACUUGUGUGUGUAUCUGUGUCCCCUGGGAGUAUAUGUGUGUGUGUGUGUGUGUGUGUGUUUGACAUGUCUAGACCAGUCUAGUAUCCGGGCAGACUUAUUGGCUUAGGGGUAAAACUGUAAGUUACUGUAUCGUGCGCUUCAAAAACAAGACGGACAGACUAACACUCUGAAGAGACAGACAUGCCCGAGAUCUCACAACACCGAUCUAACGCUCCGGCUGGCGUCAACUGAAGGUUUUCCCUUUUUUCGCGUGUGUGUGUCUGAUGAGCUUUCAGGCUUUGAAAAAAAAAAAAAAAUAGCAGGCAGGUUGAUAUUUGUUUGUUCCGGCUUCUGGUGCUACAGUGUUAGGAUCAAAUGGUUCGCCGCAUGCCUGCUGCUAGGCGAUGGUGGGACGUAGGCUGGGUGCUCGGCGCUGAUUGGCUGGCCUACAUAGGUAAGGAUGCCCUAUAUAUAAAGUUGGAUGGCGAGCCGCGGCGGAACAUCGAGAUGCAUUGUUGUCAGAUGCCAAUUGGCUGCCAUCUGUAGAUGAGUCAGUGGAGUGUGCAGUCAGUGGUGUCGCCAGCAUGUGACUAAUCUAUGUGCCAUCUCCAGUGCCCACACUCACCAGCCGGGGAGGAAAGAGAGAGUGAGAGAGAGAGGGAGAGAGGGAGAGAGGGGGGGAUGAGGAGAAAAUGUUCCUGUGACUUGGCUUUAACCAGAGAGGGAAGA